AUGCGGCUGCUCGCAGGUUCCCUCGUGCCUCUCGUUGGGCUUCUUGCUGGCUCUGCACUUGGUGCCUGUCCCUAUGCCAGGCAGCUCGGGCUUGACAACGACCAUGACAGCGCGAAACCACCACACCCCCACGCCCACACUCCCCGCGCUGCGGCACCCCCGGCAUCCAACAAAAAGGGAGUUUUCAUGAUGAACCGCAUCGCACCAGGCACAUCAGAGCUGUACAUCGCCAACGCCGACGGCACAAACGAGCGCCCUCUCCUCGCCGACCCGAUCUUCGAGUACCACGCCGAGUUCUCGUCAGACGGGCAAUGGAUUACAUUCACGGCUGAACGGAAUGGAGACGGAAACUCUGAUAUCUACCGCGUUCGGCCGGAUGGGUCGGAGUUGGAGGAGUUACUCGCUACGCCGUCGAUGGAGGACUCUGUCGUGCUCUCUCCGAAUGGGAGUCUCGCGGCGUAUGUCUCGACUGCGAAUGGAUACCGCGCGAAUAUCUGGGUUAUGGAUGUGAAUACGGGCAGUCGGUGGAACCUCACUGAUACACCCGCCACGGCCGCAAACGAGACACUCAUGAAUGGAUAUUUCCGGCCGGCUUGGUCCCCGGAUGGGAAGUGGCUUGCCUUCUCAUCAGACCGGAAUACAGACUGGGCUGGGCACGGCGAUCCGACGUUCCAGGGUCUCUCUGGAUGGGAGCAUACACAAGAACUCUCCAUCUACGCCAUCCGCCCUGACGGCUCUGGAUUCCGCCAGAUCGCGACGAAGCCUGGAUACUCGCUCGGCUCCCCGAAGUGGUCUCCCGACGGAAAGCGCAUUGUAUACUACGAGAUAACCCGCGAAGGCACAUGGGGCGCACACAGACCUGAAUCAAUCGAUUCAACCAGCUCGACCCUCGUCUCUGUCGACGUCGCCACAGGAAAGGACAGACGGGUUGAAGUCUCCGGGUCCGGAGUCAAGGCAUUCGCGCAGUACAUCACAAACAGCACAAUCGGAUACCAUCUGAAAGGAACAUCCAGAGAGGGAAUCUACACCACAGCCGGAAUGUACCUCAACACAACAAUCCGCUCCCCCUCGUGGUCUCCGGACGGGAAAUAUAUCGUCUACGAGAAAACAACCUGGGACGUCCGGCCCCUCAACAAGGAACUGUACGCCUGGGAUCCAACCUGGGACUACCGCUUCGUCGACGUCUUUCCGCAAAUGUCCCGCCAGAACCGUCUCGCCAUGACAGAGAAACAGCUCGGGAAUUCCUCCGUCGUGACCCUUCGCCCCGAUGGAUCCGACGAGCGAGUCGCGUACGAUAACUCCAAGACCGAUCUCGUGGAAUCUUCCCUCGUCGGGCAGGGUCUGGCAGGCGCAUUCCAGCCCUCGUGGAGUCCAGACGGCGAGUGGGUUGUCUUUGGCGAGGGUGCUUGGUUCACGACCCGCGGCGAGAUGGGCGGGUGGCUUGUCCGGGCGACAGUCAACGGGUCUCACUAUGAGACGCUGACGGAGAGUAACCAGACACUUACAAAUACGUCUAUCAACUCGGGAUUCCCGACGUACUCGCACGAUGGGAAGAAGGUCGUGUACAGGGUCUGGGGCGCGAACUCUGCCAAAGGGGAUAGGAGCCAGCUUGGGUUGCGUGUUCUGGAUCUCGAGACGAGAAAGAUCACCGUCUUGACGAAUGACUGGGAUAACCUGCCUUAUUUCUCGCCGGAUGGAGAGAGGAUUGUGUUUACGCGGAAAACCGGGGUGUAUAACUAUGAUAUCUGCACGAUUAAGCCGGAUGGGACUGAUUUGCGGGUGUUGACGAGUAGCGGUGGCAAUGAUGCCCAUGCGGUUUGGAGCUAUGAUGGCAGGAUUAUGUAUUCGACUGGCAUGUUUGGGUUCCAGUAUGAGUGUGCGCUCUAUGAUGAUACGUUCCAGCCGUACGGGCAGGUUGUUAUUAUGGACGCGGACGGGGGGAAUAAGCUGGUGUUGACGGAUUCGAUUUGGGAGGAUUCCAUGCCGUUGCUUGUACCGAAUAGUCAGUACUAA